CUUGGCCUCAGGAGCGGUGGGUAGCGUAGGCACUGCCGAAGGCAGUAGGUUGCCAAGAAGGAGCAACAGGCGAACACGCCUCGCUUUGGCUCGGUUCGGCUUAGCUCGGCGCUUCGGCGACGUGCGUUGCGUAGCGACUUGCGCGAAUGGUUAGCAUCGUCGAUCCAGUGUCUAGUGUUUCCGUAACCGUAACGGCGAGUCGUGGGGUGUGUUCGUGCCUUUUUUUCAUUCUUUACCGUCAAACGCUUCUUACAAGAGGGCUCCAAGGGGGUGCGUAAAUAUAUAAGAAUCGUGUGUCGUAUGCUUUCGCAUACGCAGGUGUAUUACAAGGGAGACGAGUGCGAGACGGCGAAGGAUAAGAUAUAUCAUCGAGGGAGGAGUUAGAGAGGAGAGGACCGCGAGAAAAACGGAGCGAACAGAAUCAGCGAAGGAGUGAGAGAAAGAGAGUGUGUGGGGGGAAGAGAGAGAGGUAAAGAGGAAAGAUAAAGGAGAGGCAGAGUGUGCGCGAGCGCGCGGAAAAGAAGACGGGGGCGGUGGCGGAGAAAAGAGGAAAAGGUGGUGGUGGUGGAGGCGGCGGCGGCGGUAGUGAUAGUGGAAGUGGUGGAAAAGGAGGGGCGGUGGUGGAUGAGAAGGAGGUGGCGGUGUUGACGGCGGAGGAAAGAGCAUCGUAAGAUAGAAGUCGGAGGUGGAGGAGGACACGGGCGCCGCGACGCGACGCGACGCGACGCAUCGCAACACAACGCAAAGCAAAGCACAAUAACUUGAGAAUAAUAAGGUAUAAAGACGAACGAAUAUACGAAUAAAGAAAAGCACUGGAGGAGAAAGAGGAGAGUAAGAAAAAGAAAAAGAAGAAGAAGUAGUAGUAGUAGAGUAGUAAAGUAAUUAGAAGUUAGUAGUAGUAGAAGUAGAAGAAGAAGAAACAGCAACAGAGGACGAUCGAGAAGACGGCGGAGCGCGUGAUCCAAAAUGGCGCUCAAUCAGGAGAUCGAUCAGUUGUCGAACAGUAGUAAUCUCGUAGUGAGGAUCGAUCAAAAUUCAGAAUCCGAUCUACAGGCUCUGUUCGAUACGGUCUUGAAGCCGGACUCGAAACAUCCGCUUCAAGUGCCAUUGCGUAUGCGAAAUUUACCCGAUUCGUUUUUCAACCCACCAUCGACCGGCAGCAGAAGCCCGUCGAUCUCGCACUCGCGCGAAAAUUCGGCCGACUCGGCAUUCGGCAGUAGCGGCGCUUCCGGCGCGGUCACGGGGACCACCGGAGGACGUAAUGCGGAAUCGUCCGGUGGUGGCGGCGGCAACGUCGUAACCGGCGGUGCUAAUGUUUCCGUCGUGGGUGGUGGCGCCGGUGGGGGGGCCGGGGCCGGUGGUAGCGUUGGCGUGACGAAUGGAAACGGAGGUGGCGGCCCGGCCGGUGGAGGAAGCCCCGGCGGAGGAGCCGGAGGAGUCGUCGCGGUCGCGGCCGCGGCCGCUGCGGCUGGCACGAACGUCAACGGAGGAAACACCGGAGGAGGUGGUGCCGGUGCCACGGUGAACAACGGUGGCCCUCCUCCGGGGCCGGCUGGCGUCCCGGCGGGGACGGCCGCGAGUGCAAGCGCCGUCAACGGUCCUGCACCAGCGGCUGCAGCGGCUGCUGCGGCCGCCGCAGCAGCCGCAGCCGCAGCCGCAGGCUUGACGGUAGCCCAUCCGCGCGCCCACAGCAGCCCUGCAUCCCUGCAACAGACCUAUGCGUCCGCGCAACAGGCGCAGCAACACGCGCCGCAGCCGCACGCUCGUCACCACCAUCACCAGAAGCAACGCAGUUACGACGUCAUCAGCACGGUCGACGACCUGGGACCCCUGCCACACGGAUGGGAACAGGCGCGCACUACCGAGGGACAGAUCUAUUUCCUCAACCACCUGACGCGAACCACGACAUGGGAAGAUCCGCGAAAAACUGUCGCAGCUCAGAACGUGGCUCAAGUCGCCGCUCAGGUGGAAAGCGGAAAGGCUGCUGCUGCCGGGAACACUUUAGGUCCUCUACCGGAUGGUUGGGAACAAGCACGAACACCGGAGGGAGAGAUUUAUUUUAUAAAUCAUCAGACGCGUACAACAUCGUGGUUCGAUCCCAGAAUUCCGACGCAUCUUCAACGAGCCCCGUCUUCCGGUGCUAUGCUGCCACAAAAUUGGCUACAGCAACCAACGGCUGGUGGUAUACCUAACAAUCAAUCAUUGCAAGUUUGUCAACAGAAACUACGUCUUCAAUCGUUACAAAUGGAACGCGAGCGUCUGAAGCAACGACAACAGGAGAUCAUGCGCCAGCAAGAAUUGAUGCUCCGACAAACUACCACGGAGGCUGCUAUGGAUCCAUUUUUAUCAGGAAUUAGCGAGCAACAUGCGCGUCAGGAAAGUGCAGAUAGCGGUUUGGGUCUUGGCUCUGCAUAUUCGUUACCGCAUACUCCAGAAGAUUUUCUAGCGAAUAUCGACGAUAACAUGGACGGCACCAGCGAUGGUGGUGCUCCCAUGGAGACUCCCGAUCUCUCAACACUGAGCGAUAAUAUCGAUUCGACGGACGAUCUCGUACCAUCGCUACAGCUUAGCGAAGACUUCAGUAGCGACAUUCUCGAGGAUGUACAGUGUUUCAUAAGUCCUAAUACGAUAAAACCUGGUAACGUGCUGACAUGGCUCUAAGUAUGGACAAACGCGGAAUUAGUUCGUAUAAUAACGUAGAUACUAUGCUCCUUCUAAUUACGACGAACGGACGAUAUUAGAAUUUGUCUUCCAGUAACGGCUGACCCGCCCCUCCCUCCGCCCCUCCUCCGCCCGUCCGUUUGUCAAAAUUCGAGUAGAGCAAGGAAUCUAAUAUGAACUCGUGCCGCGUGUUAUUCUAUCUUCUUGUCCGUUUUAUGGGACCGUGACGAGACUUUAUAUUAUGUUGUUAAUUCGCAUGGAAGAAAAUGUACCGGGAGAUUUUCUCGUUCCGAAGGAAGAAGGAGGGAUGCGUCAUUUAGAAGAAGAAGAAGAGUAUAACGAGAGAAUCUCACGGUUCUCGUAAUCUCCCCACGGUCGUAAAGACAAAUGGAAACUCGGCAUGGAAAUACGUGAGGAGCGCAAAACUCAGAAAGCGCCUAGCAACGAAAACGUGAUGAUAGGACCAACGACAAGAGACUCCAAACGCGACACCAACGAAAAUAAUCGUCGCUGUUAAGAACGGCUGUUGUUCUUCUUCUUCGACGAUAUGGCGCCAAAUGCGCGUUACAUACACCUCUUUAUACUAUUAUACUUGCGUAAUACUCGAAGAGUCGUGCCUUCCCACUCGUUCUUUCUAAAUCAAUCACACACACACACACAUAUAUACACACAAACAUACACACACUCAUUGAAAACUAUGAAGAAAGUUAUUUUUUGUUUCCUUUUCUUUUCUUUUUUUUUUUUGUUUUUAUUAUUUUUUAAUUUUUUUUUUUCAGCGGAUAUGCGUCUCAUUCUCCAUCGAUAACGCACAAUUUAUUAUUUGCGACCGCCUCAUGAUUAUCUUUUUAUUUUCUUUUAUUUUUUAUGUUUCUUUCUUUCUGAACUUUCUUCAAUGUUAUUCCAAAUGUGUUAACGUGCGAGAACGAAGGCACAUCUUUUUGAUGCGCUUACAAUCCAUACGUAAGAACGUCAAAGAUCUUUGGACUAUAAUUUUUACAACGAAAAAGAAGUUUUUAACUGAAAGAAGUAAAUAUCGAAUAUUUUUUGUUUUCUUUUUUUUGUCUUUCUCUAAAUACGAACGUUAUAGUCCGUGUUUCACAAGCAAAAUACAACGAAAGCAAAUUAUAUCGUAAAGGAUUCGUUUUGAAUCGUAGUCCAAAGUAGAUUAUAUAUAUAUAUAUAUAUACAUGCAUAUACAUAUAUAUAUAUGAUAAUAAUAAUAAUAAUAAUCAAUUUCGAUCAUACUCGGAGUAUAU